AUGGAAAACGCAAGCCGCGCGGCAUAUAGAGGACAAGUAACUCGUGUGACGAAAAGUGCAAGUGAAUAUUUGCAAACUCUUGAUUCGAACCCAUUGUCCACGAACGAAGACAAUUGGGAGAAUAUUGAAGAAGAACUACUUGUGUUUCUCAAUCGCGCAAACGUAGCUUAUGAAGGGCUUACUAAAGCUAAUAACGAAUAUGUUCCUAGUACCAAACUAGAAACAGCAACUAAAGAUAUGGAGCAAGUUGUCGAGUAUGAGGAUAAGGUCACCUCCAUAAUCACGCGGUUAAAUCAACGUCUCGAACGGUUAAAUCGUUUAAGAAAUUCUAACGGUCAGACAUCACCUAACGUUACUAACACUUCUCUAUCAUGCGAUCUGUUGAAGGGAAAAGCUGCCGAUGUAAUAGCUGGCUUUACACCGAGUGGUAAUUGCUAUGAUGGUGCUUUAGCACUUUUACAAGAAGAGUUCGGGAACGCUGAUAAGUUAAUCGAUAAAAAUAUGAACGAAUUAAUGUCCAUUUCAAUGCUGAACUCAAAAGUUGACAUUCGGGAUCUACGAAACAUUUAUAAUACGGUAACCUCUUCUAUACGAUCGUUGACGGCUCUCGGUAUACCUUCGAGUAACUAUUCAAUAAUGCUCAAGACCAAAUUACUGAGCAGUUUACCUAAUGAACUACGUGCCAAUUAUUUUCGUACUCAUGUUAAGAGUUCUAGCGAAGAAUCAAAUGAUCCAAAUCCAGAAAACGGUAAUAAUGUAUCAACAGAAAGUGAAUGCUCUUUUAUGUUUGAUGGUGACAAACAGCUAACGGGCCUUCUUAAAUUCAUCAAAAGAGAAAUAGUAGCUCUUGAAAAUUCGAUUGAUGAAAAAGAAGGAAGCAAUAAUCGGAGGAAUCAAACGAAACAUAUAUCCACUGCAGCUGGCUUACUAACAACGUCUAAUGCUCCCACAGCAUGUUUUUUUUGUAAGUCCGUCGCACAUCAAACAAGAGAAUGUGAUAACCAACUAACUGUCACACAACGAAAAAAUUUACUUAAACAAGACAAUCGAUGCUUUCGGUGCACAUUAAAAGGGCAUUCAUCUAAACAGUGCUUUGUUAAAAAUCUUAAGUGCGGUGCUUGUGGGGGGAGACAUGCAAAGUCGAUGUGCGAUCCAGAUUAUCGAAAACAGGUGGCUAAAACAAACGGUAAUGUCGGUAGUCCGAGUAGCACGAAAUCAUUGAACUUAUAUGCGUCUAUGAAUAAACCCAAUCCAUCAAAUGUUUUCUUACAAACGGCAUCGGUAUUCGCAUUAAAUACGAAUACAAAAUUAAGCGCUUACGUAAGACUAAUCAUAGACGGUGGCAGUCAAAUGACCUUUAUCAAAGACUCGCUCGUAGAAAAACUCUGUUUACCUGUUGUUGGCUCGAGAAAUAUUAAUGUCAUUCCGUUCGGAAGUGAUCAAAAACAAUCAACGUCGGAGAAAAACUAUAAAAUUGUCAAACUAUUAUUGAAAAGUCAAUACGAUGAAAAAAUGAUAACUAUAAACGCGAUUGUUGUCCCUUCAAUAUGCAUGGAUGUUUUAAGCAUUCCUCCCGAAAAGUGCGUUGAAAAUUAUAAUCUCGUCCUAGCCGAUGGUCGCCCAUUUGACUCUCAUCCAGAUGAGGGCAUUUCAGUCUUAAUCGGAGCGGAUAAUUACUGGCGCGUUGUUUCGGAAAAUACCAUUCGUAUUAAUGACACUCUAAUGGCGAUUGAUACACUAUUCGGGUGGACGUUGCAAGGUCCGGCUCAAAAUUGUUUUUAUAGUGCUCAGUCAUCGUACGCGAAUAGUUUACUAAUAAGCUCGUUUGACGAAAGAACGCUUUGGGAUCUUGAAUCAAUCUGUAUAAAACCAAUUCAAAACGAACACGAUUCCUUCACUGAAGAUUAUAUCGACAAGUGCAUCGUAAAAAAUUCCACUCGGUACGAGGCUAGCCUGCCGUGGAAAGACGAGUAUAGUUCAUUGGACAAUAACCGCGCCGGUGCUUUUUCGCGCUUCCAAUCUUUGGUUAAACGACUUUCCAGAUCAUCCGCAGAUUUGUUGAGGUACGAUAAUGCGAUAAGAGAACUAAUUAUGAGUGGAGUCGCUGAGAUUGUGGAAGACGAGGGUGUUGCAGAUGAUCCUCGAACAUAUUACUUACCCCAUCGAGGUGUAUAUCGUGAGGACAAGGAGACAUCGAAGCUUCGCAUUGUCUAUGACGCCUCUGCACAUGCAGAAGAUUGUGUAUCACUUAACGACUGCUUAAAGUCUGGUUCUAAUUUACUGCCUGAUUUAUUAAUGAUUCUUCUCAAUUUCAGAACCGGUUUGAUUGCUUUAGUUGCAGACAUUGAAAAGGCCUUUCUUCAAAUUAGUCUCAAUGAAGAGGAUCGCGAUUCUCAUCGUUUCUUUUGGUUUAAAAGCAAAAUCGAUGACCCCUGCUUUAUUUCUGAACCCGCAAUCUUCAGAAUGAAUCGUGUAACGUUCGGAGUAACAUCGAGCCCGUUCAUACUAGCAGCUACUUUGAAAAAGCACAUCCAGUCUGAAUCGCAGAAGUUUCCCGAGAUUUGUCAAGUUUUGGAAGCAAGCUACUACGUCGACGAUUUUGUGAUGAGUGUUGAUGAUGCAGAAUUUGCAAACAGAGUUUACAAUCAAUCGAUGGGCAUUUUUAACCGAGCUUCGAUGAAAUUACGCAAAUGGAACAGCAACCAUCGACCUCUAAGAGAAUCUUUCAACGAAGUGUCGCCUGAUCGUCAGAAGGUACUGGGUGUCUUAUGGUAUAUUUACACAGAUGAAAUAAGCGUGGACAUCGAGACUGUACUGAAUUCAAAUGUUUCAUUAAAAACGAAACCAACGAAACGGAACAUAUUGCAGGUAAUAUCUCGCUUUUAUGAUCCUUUGGGACUUUUAAGUCCAUUUCUCAUUAACUUUAAAAUAUUAUUCCAAAUGAUUUGGAAGCGAAAAAUAGCAUGGGACGAUGAACUGCCGGAUGAUAUUUUAAAAGCGUUCUAUUCUUUUUAUAACGGUAUUGCUGCUUUAAAAGAAGUUUCUGUACCAAGGUGCAUUUUUGAUGGCGGAGAAAUCAAGUGUCGAGAGCUUCAUCUUUUUGCAGACGCAAGUAAAAGUGGCUACGGAGCGGUAGCUUAUGUGAAAGCUACAAACAGUAAGAAUGAGGUGACUGUUCGGUUUCUUUGCGCUAAAAAUAGGGUGUCACCUUUGAAAGAAACCGACAAAUCUUCAGAAUUGUCUCUUCCAAGACUGGAACUUACUGCAGCACUUAUUGCAGCAAGGCUUUGCUCAUAUUUGUUAAAAAACCUUAAAGUUUCUUUUAGUAAUGUUUGGCUUUGGAGUGAUUCCAAGAUCACUCUGUUUUGGAUCAGAAACAUUUCGAAUAAGAAGUGGAAGCCCUACGUCGAAAAUAGGGUGGAUGAAAUUAAAAGGCUCACAGCUGGAUUUCAAUGGAACCAUUGUCCUGGAAAAGACAACCCUGCUGAUUUGCUUACACGAGGUGUGACUUCAUCAAUCUUAGCAAGUUCCGAAUCAUGGCUGCAAGGACCUACUUGGUUGUGUAACGAAUCCAAUUCUUGGCCCAUGGAAAAUGAUAUUGAUUACAAUAUUUCUAACACUUUACUUUCUUUACAUGUAACGACUGAUAAUCCGGACGUUAACGAAACCUCGCCCGUUGAACAUAUGGGAGCACUUCUACUAGCUAAGAACUAUAGUAGUUGGAUAAAACUGCUCAGAGUGACGUCAUUGGUGGCUCGUGCUGUACCUCGUUUGAGAAAAAGGUUCUUUGGAGCGAAAUUUCGAAUAACACCGAAGGAUGAACUAAGACUCGAAGCAAAAGGCCAUGUUAUAACUGCAGACGAGAUACAAAAGGCUGAAGAUUAUUGGGUUACAUACGUCCAGAAUUACGAAUUUUCUAAGGAAAUUGAGGCGAUAAAGAAAGGUAUACUACGAGUCCAUAGUCGACUUGGAGACUGUAACGAAGAAGAUAUCACAGCUUUUCCAAUUAUUUUACCGAAGACGUCUCGUGUCACCAAGCUUAUUGUGUUGCAUGUUCAUAAGCAAAUGUUACAUAGUGGUACAGGUACUACGUUUGCUGAGUUGAGGAAGAAAUUCUGGAUCGUUAGAGGCAGGCAACUAAUUAAAUCAGUUAUAAAGAAGUGCGAGGUUUGCAUAAAACUUCUAGCUUCACCUGGAUCUGAACCGAUUGCUCCUCUUCCAAGAGAACGGAUGCUUACGUCGCGGCCUUUCGAGAUGACGGGUAUAGAUUACGCUGGCCCCUUGUACAUCAAAAAUGCUGCUGCCAAUGAACCAUCAUUGAAAACAUAUAUUCUGCUGUUGACUUGUGGUGCUAUCAGAGCUGUGCAUUUGGAGCUGGUGACAGACUUAACGACGGAUUGUUGUGUGCUGGCUUUAAGACGAUUUUUUGCUAGGAGGGGCAAGCCUAGAAUAAUUUACUCUGAUAACGCCAAGACCUUUAAGUGUGCGUCAAAAGAAUUAAAGGUUUUGAACGAUAUAGUGGGAUCUGAGUUGGUACAAGGUUUUGCGAAUGGUGAAGGCAUUAGAUGGAAGUUUAUAGCUGAAAGAGCAGCCUGGUGGGGAGGUUUCUGGGAACGCCUUGUUCGUAGCGUUAAGGUAGUUCUGAAGCUAGCAAUUGGACGAGCAGUUCUUAACUUCGAAGAGCUACGAACACUUCUGGUUGAAGUUGAAAGUGUUAUUAAUGCUAGACCUUUAACUUAUAUUUCUGAUGAUCCUAAGGACAUAAGUCCUCUUACACCUUCUCAUUUUUUAACUGGUUUUCAUUUUUCUCUAGAUAUGCCACGUUUCGAUGAAGGGGAAACAAGUCAAAAUCUUCGUGUUAAAUGGGACUCUAGACUGAAGACGUUGAAAGCUUUUUGGAAACGUUGGAAGCUUGAAUAUCUUCAACAACUUCGUUCUCUUCACCAAUAUAAGAUUGGAGGUUCCACAAAGAUUCAAACAAAUGAUGUUGUCAUUGUACAUGAUCCAUCCAUAUCGAAGCUGUUUUGGAAACUAGCAGUGGUAGAAGAAGUAUUUCCUGGUCGUGAUGGGAAGGUUCGUGCUUGUCUUAUCCGAUUAGCCCAUGGAACAAAGCUACGACGUCCAGUGCAAUUAUUAUAUAACCUUGAAAUUGUAUAA